CUUGAGUUACAAACACAGAGCAAAAGAGAAAAGUGCCAUAAUAAGCGGGAGGAGUCGUUCCUGCCGCAAAGGAUCAUGAAGGAAAAGGUGGAGGUCGUGAUCUCCGGCACAGCCGGGGUGUUUCCAGAGUGCAAAAACAUCCCCCAGCUCGAAGAGGCACUGUUCAACAACGUACAUCUCGUCACAGAUGAUGACCGAAAAUGGAAACAGGGUUACAGCUUUCCCACACAUUGCGGGAAAGCUUUCUCCCACGAUCAUUUUGAUGCAAUUUUCUUCAAGGUUCCAUUCAAUCUUCCAUAUACCAUGGAUGCCAUUGCAAAACAAAGCUUAGAAACGAGCGUUGAGGCAAUUAUUGAUGCUG